UCUCGCGCCGCGACCGCUCGUCUCAGGAAAGAGCUGAACCACGCAUUUCGUUUGUCAGACAUGCCACGCCACGUAGCGGCAGCAGGGUGAAGCUUCUGCACACGCAUAGUUCCUUCCGACGCCGUUGCUUAGAAACGCUGUUAUUUACGUUUUCGUAAAACGAGGGAAACUUUAUAUUGUGAAAACGUUUAUGUUAAGGACGCAACUAAAACAGCACUGAAAAGAAGAUGAGGUCUUAUAAAAGGAAGUUGGGUGCAAGAGCCUAUAGAAAUUACUCUCCAGAGACGUUAGAUAAAGCCGUUAAAUUGGUUUUAACAAAGAAAAUGACCCUGCGAGCAGCAUCUGAAAAGUUCAAUAUUCAUCGAAACACAUUGUGGAACAAAACCAAAGAGAUAAAACGUUCGACCACCUCAAACUCAGAGACAGUCAAACCUAAAAGACAGCAUGGGGGUCAACCUAUUUUUACAAAAGAAGAAGAGGAUACAUUCGUUGCUCAUUCCAUUGCAAUGACAUCUUAUGGUUUCCCAAUGACAUUACUUGAUUUGCGCUGUGUCGUCAAAUCAUAUCUAGAUCGAACCGGAAGAAAAGUUCCCGUGUUUGGAAAUGGAAACUUUCCUGGGAGAGAGUGGGCCAUGUCAUUUAUGAAGCGGCAUAAGUAUGUUCUCUCCGAACGUGUCGCCAAAAAUAUCACAUAUGCAAGAGCUGCGACUGAUACAGAAGUGAUUGACUCAUAUUUUGAGCAUUUAGAGAAGGAGUUAGAGGGUAUUUCGCCAGAAAAAAUUUGGAAUUACGACGAAACGAACGUCCAGGACGAUCCCGGAAGCAAAAAAGUGUUGGUCAGAAGAGGAGCAAAAUAUCCAGAGUGGAUACAAAAUUGUUCCAAAGCGUGUACUUCGAUUAUGGUCUGUGGGAACGCCGCAGGACAGUUGGCUCCACUAUACGUAAAUUACAAGGCCGAGAACAUGUGGUCGACCUGGACCGAAAAUGGACCUGAAGGAGCCUGCUACAAUCGUACUAAAUCUGGAUGGUUUGAUCACCAAGUGUUUGAGGACUGGUUCAUCAAUCUUAUGCUCCCCAUACUGAAACAACAAGAUGGCCAAAAAGUUCUUAUUGGCGAUAAUUUGAGUUCGCAUAUUAACCUAGAGGUUAUUCGACUCUGCGAAAAGUAUGGGAUAAAAUUUAUCGCACUCCCACCAAAUGCGACACAUCUACUGCAACCGCUAGAUGUUGCCAUAUUCAGAGUUCUAAAACUGAUUUGGCGUGAAAUUUUGUCAGAUUGGAAGCAAUCGACAUCUGGUAGCCAGUGCACAUCAGUUCCAAAAGAUGAACUGCCUGGUCUGUUAAAGAAAAUGAUGGACAAGCUGCAGGAGAACAUCAUAAAAAAUCUCCAGUCAGGAUUUAGGAAGACUGGGAUUUUUCCGCUUAACAAAAUGGAAGUCCUCCAAAGACUCCCGAAGGCCGUCUUGGAAGAGAGCCUACAGUCCUUAUCAGGAGUGGUUGGUGAGAUCUUCAUAGAAGAACUGCAGAAGAAGAGAGAAGAGGUUACAGGAUGCCGGGCCCCCAAGAGAAGGAGAAGGCUCACUGUUCCAGCAGGCAGAAGUAUCUCCAGUGCCGAAAUCGAAGCCAGUAGGGCGGAACAGCCGAAAGGGAAGAACACAAAAGCCAGCACUUCCUCCAGACCCAGCGGAUCCAAGGAAAAGGCUGUACUGGCAGGUGAGAUGACUGAAGAAAGCUCUUCAGAUGAAGACAACAGCAGAGAGAGGAACUGGACGGAUGAAGAUCCCAGUGACCCCGACGUGCUGGAUGAAUCUUUCAGCUGUUUGGAGGAUUCAGAAUCUGAAAUGUCUCCCACAAAAGUGAUUCCAAAUGAUAAAGACGUCUUGGGAAUCGACAGCAUGGCUCCUGAAAAAAACGUUUUCAAAGUGGAUGAUUUUGUAGUGGUGAACUUUGAAGGGAAACUUUUUCCAGGAAGGGUGACUGAAGAAAAACAAGAGGGCUACAUUGUCAGCGUUAUGGAGAGGACCAAGAUGUUCUGGAAGUGGCCUACUAAAGAAGAUGCUAUUCUGUACUCCAAAGAAGAAGUUUUGUACACUAUCGAUCCCCCAAGACCGGUAGGAAAGCGAGGGUUCUUUGAGGUGAAAAAUCUAGAUUAG